AUGUUUCGCCCGGUAGUCAGACGCGCCGCCGUGCAGGCCUCGCGCAGCAGCGCUCCAUCGCGGAGAUUUCUUAGCACCGCACCUCCACAUGAGAAGUCACGAAGCUGGAAGAACUCGGCCGUGAGAUGGACUUUGGCCGGUGCUCUGGUCUACUAUUACAACACUAGCAAUGUCUUCGCCGAGGAGCAGUCCUAUGUCAGACACGCGCCACCGGAGACACAAAUCGAGUCAGAGACUCUUCCCACUCUCGAUGCAGUAACAGCGAAACGUCAGGCCCUUCAGGCCCAAGUCAAGGCCGAUGCAGAGGCCGAUGCAAAGAAGGUUGCCGCCACUGCGACCAACGUUGCACACACUGUCCGUGAAGCCACCACAAAUGCUCCCGUGCCAGAGCCUGAAGACGGUGGUGCUCUUGCUGGAUCGCCACAGGACCUGGAAGAGGAGGCUGGUCAACAGGGUGCUUUCAACGAAGAGACUGGCGAGAUCAACUGGGACUGUCCAUGCCUCGGUGGUAUGGCUUACGGACCCUGCGGCGAGCAGUUCAGAGAGGCUUUCAGCUGCUUCGUCUUCUCAAAAGAGGAGCCCAAAGGCAUGGACUGCAUUGACAAGUUCAAGUACGUCGAUGAUUGGAACUGCUUCCGCGAGCAUCCCGACGUGUAUGGCGCAGAGCUUGAGGACGACGUUGAGGCCGAGGCAAGAGAGCAGGAUGAUGCCGCUACUGCUGCUGCCGGCCAAUCUAGCCAGCCUAGCCAGCCCACUCAGCCUGAGGCCAACCCUGACGCUGAGAAGGUCGCCGACAGAGGAGCUGAUCAUCCCGAGGCCAUCCAAGGAAAGAGAGAGCGUUCCAACGCUGCAACCGAGCAAGUCAAGCGUGAUCACGAUAUCAUGAGCGAGUCUGAUAGCCUUGUCCCUAAGGCCGCACACGACGCUACUGGACAGCAAAGCAAGGGCGACAAAUAA